GAUUAAAGUUCGAAAAUGCGAAGCGUCAAGUGAAGAAUAUAGGUUCAGUCACUAAUCAACUAGGCAUAGCAUAAACAAACUGACAAAACCAACAACCAUCGAUCUCAGUUCUCAAUGUUUUUUUCUUAAAACCUACAUCUGUGCUUAGUAAAAAAUGAAAAAGUAAGAAAAAGCAAACAAAAAUUGCACAUUUCGAACACACAUUAAGUUAAUCUCGUCAUCAACAAUCAAGUAUUUUGCUGGAUAUCCAUCAAACUAACUUCAAGAAUCUCCUACAGUCAAAUAAAGCAAACUAAGCAGCGCCAUCUACAGAAAUACCUAAAAUACAGCAGCCUAAACUGAAUGUUUAAGGCAAUCUUUUCACAAUAACAUCCGACAGGUCAGCAAACUACGUAGCACUGUUUUAUAGUAUCAAAAGCGGCGGUAAUGCAAUAAAGUCUCUAUUGUCAGAUAGUUGUCAAAUGCUCAAUCAAAUCUUAAGCAAAAAUUGAGAUUAGACUAUAUAUUUAUAUGUUUAUUUCUACGCGCGUUUAAUUACACUCUGUAGUAGGCUAUUUUAACAUUUUUGUAUUUCCUAAAACAGCAUAUAACCUUUUCAGAAAAAUAAAUGACGAAGGCCAAUAGACUGACAGUUUAAUAAUAACUAUUUUACGCGUUAUAAUUAAUUACAACCCAUAUUCGGAGGGAAAUCAACAUAAAAACAUCCGACAUCAAUACCUAUAAACGAAAAAAAAAACACACAGAAUAAAAACAAACAAUAAUACGAAGACUAAAUAAUUUCUUGCAUUUAACAAGCCUCGAUUUGACAACGUUGUAGGCUACUACUAAUUAACGACACAAAAUGCAUUUAGUUUUUACGUUUAUGAUUCAAACAUGAUUCAUUUAUGUAGUUUGACAACAUACAGUUUAGAAAUACCACGAUGGCUGGCCGUUGGUGGUACCGCUUCCUUUCCACUUGUCUUUUAAUUUCCUCGAUUUUUUAACCCAUCUCUCCUCAUUUCCCUGUUUGCAUCCCUCCCCUUCCGAAGUGUCAGAUGAAGAGACCUCCUCAUUUGGUGCUCCAGCUUUUUGCGUUGGCGAAUCACAAAGUGUUGGAAUCUAUUGCCUUUGUCUGACAUGUCAUCCAUCUCUAUGCGAGGGGGGAUCUGGGAAGGAGGGGGGCGGUGGACUGCAGCUUUUAGAAACAGACACACUGAGAAGAGGGGUUUCAGUCUCAGCCCAAAGCUUCUAACAGGCACAUCCCAUUCUUGAAGAGAGGGGGACUGAGAGACACUCGCCGUGUCCAUGUUUUUUCCUGUCAUUCCCGCACGAAUCUGACUGUACCCCUCAGACUGUUCAGACCAGAAACGCUUCUCCACAUCGAGGAAUUUACACUGCAGUUUCACCAGAGGACACUGGAGCAGACGCAACCACUAAUGCUUGCGGUCCCUUAAAUAUGUAGCUAACAAAUUUUUACUCAACGACUGAUUACGCUAACGUUCCUGCGUGAAAGAUUUUUGAGAGACCAGUGCAGGACAUGAUCUGCACCUGACCAGCCUCGUGUCUUCGUUGAAUGGACUGAUCAGCACGAGAUAAAGUUCGUCGCGCGUUGAACAACUUCUUCUGUACACUGGCAUUGGAAGCACCGGGCUUUGAACGGAUAGCGAUCUUUAUUAAUUUCAAUUAUAGCUACAUAAUCAAGGCGAGACGGCGACCUCAGUCGAUUAUCUUUCCUUCCUUUGCUAUCCCAUGGAUAUUCACUGCAAAGCAGACCCCUUCUCGGCGAUGCACCUAUCCCAUAUAGGGCACGGCGGUGUGAACCAGCUAGGAGGGGUGUUUGUGAAUGGCAGACCCCUACCUGACGUGGUCAGGCAAAGAAUCGUGGAGCUCGCACACCAAGGAGUCAGACCUUGUGACAUUUCAAGACAACUACGGGUCAGCCAUGGCUGUGUCAGCAAAAUUCUCGGAAGCUAUCAAAAGGAUCUUAUAAGAUAUUAUGAAACCGGCAGUAUUAAACCUGGAGUUAUUGGGGGGUCCAAACCAAAAGUGGCGACGCCCAAAGUUGUGGAAAAAAUCGCAGAAUACAAGCGGCAAAAUCCUACAAUGUUCGCCUGGGAGAUCAGAGACCGACUCUUGGCCGAAGGCGUUUGUGACAACGACACAGUACCAAGUGUUUCAUCUAUAAACAGGAUAAUUCGAACCAAAGUUCAGCAGCCUUUCCACCCAUCCUCCGACGGCACAGGAACACCUCUUUCCACAGCGGGACACACUAUAGGUGAUCUUGAGAGCACUCCAUAUACGUUAACCUAUUCCUGUGCUCUUUCAGUGCCCAGCACAGCCUCCCCACCUGUGUCAAGCGCUUCCAAUGACCCCGUGGGGUCCUACUCUAUUAAUGGCAUCCUAGGAAUCCCUCGCUCCAACGGCGAAAAGAGAAAACGUGAUGAUGUUCUCUGGAGUGGCAACCACUUGGAUGGGAGGAAAAUAGGAUAUUAUGGUUCAGAUGGCUCUGGCCCUAACAGUGAUUCUCAGGGUAGUGUGGAGAGUUUACGGAAGCACCUGAGGGCUGAUGCCUUCACUCAACAGCAGCUGGAGGCUCUGGAUCGGGUGUUUGAGCGGCCGUCAUACCCCGACGUCUUCCCCACGUCAGAACACAUCAAGCCAGAGCAGGCUAAUGAGUACUCGCUACCAGCACUGAACCCUGGACUGGACGAAGUCAAGCCCAGUCUGUCAACCAGCGUCAGCUCAGAUUUGGGCUCCAGCGUGUCACAGAGCUACCCAGUAGUGACAGAGUCACAUUCAUCCUCCAUGUGCGUUAAGCAGGAGCCGCAUGAGGCUUCCCUGGCUCCUUUCACCCCUUCCUCACUGGCAGUGUCGGGCCUUGCAGAACUGUUGCCCCUCCAGCCCAGCGUGUCAGUAGACGCCUCCACCCCCUGCUACGGUGCCUAUGCCCAUCAUGCGCCCAGCUACUGCCAGUAUACAAGCCAGCAUAUUAUAGCAGGUCGAGAGAUGGCGAGCACGACCCUACCAGGAUAUCCACCUCACGUUCCCCCUACUGGGCAGGGCAGCUACCCCACCUCUACACUUGCUGGAAUGGUCCCUGGAAGCGACUUUUCAGGAAAUCCCUACUCUCACCCGCAGUACACAACUUACAAUGAAGCUUGGCGGUUCAGCAACCCCGCGUUAUUAAGUUCCCCUUAUUAUUAUAGUGCCGCAUCCCGGGGCUCCGGGCCUCCCACUGCUGCCACUGCCUAUGACCGCCACUAGUUACCAUCGCAGCCCAGUCAAACUGCAGGACCACGGCCGCGGCCUCCAUAUCGUACCCGUCUGAAUGGUCAGAGGGAUUGAAGAUGGAUACGCCAUCUUCACUUUCAUGGAGCCGAAAUCCAAUUCGGAGGGUCAAGCAACAGCGGACAUCCACUACAUUCCCCCCCUUUGGCACCAUCACUGAACUAUUUCCUGAAAAACUUUGAAAGAUUCUACGAAAAUAUAUAUAUUAUACGAGAUAUAAAACAAGACGAACCAUGUGAAGAACUACGAAGUAACAAUUGAUGUGCUGUUGUUUUUUUUUUUUUUUCUCGUCUUUUUUUUCCCCAUUUUCUCUCAAUCAAUCAAAUACAUUCCUUUACAUACUGUAUUUAGCAUCGCUAACACACACACACACACACACACACAACACACACGCAAGGUUGCCUGAGGCCUUUACAUCAUUUCACUAGUGUCUUACCUCUCACGGACGUGUCAGAAAACUGCAGUAUUGCUCCAUUUUCUGUCAAACAGACAAGUGUAACUGUUUUAGAAGCCAUCUCUCUGACUCGUGGUAUGAAGCUACCAACAUUUUCUGUGAUACACAAUCAAAAACGGGGGAAGAACAAAAAAAAAGAAGAAGAUUAAAACAGGUCAGUUGAUGUAUGUGACCUGAAAAGUAAACCGUAUAUUAAAUUAUUGUUUUGGUUUCGCUGAUGGUUUGUGUUCGUGUGUGCAUUUGUGUGUCAUACAUUUUCGGGAUACUCAUUAUCAGUGCCGCUCUUUUCUUGUUUGCACUAUUUUGCAUUACUGGAUUUAUAAAUACAACUGAAUUACGACUUUUGUCAGAUGUUAUAUUUAAGCAAAAAGGAAUCGAGAAAGCAACGUUGAACAAAAAAUACACUUGCUGUAUGUUAGGAACUAGCCUUUAUCUGUCAUUCAGUAAAGCGUUUUUGUAACUGAGACCGAACGACUGGCUCAGUACCAAAGUAAUCAUUAGCAGUCAGUUUUACAAGUUCAACAAAUGCCUUACAGCUUUUUUUAUUAUUAUUUAAUUUUUUAUGGUUUGGCUUUGGUCCUGAGAGGUAGACAUGCAUGUAACCCUUCUGUGUGCUGGAACAAAACGCGAGGAUAGUAAUGGAAACGGUUCAUACAUACGCUCCUGGAAAUGUAAAGUGAAUGUACUUUAUACCACGUUUGCCAAAGACUUAGUUUGAUAUUUAAUAUUUUAUUUGCUGUAUCUGUCAAUAAAACAGUAUUAUGUUUUAAUAGUAGUCAAUACUGAUUGUAUGUGGUAAUGUUGAAGAAAAAGGAAAACAAUCCAUCUCCCCCUCCCUCCCAAGACACAGCGAUGUACACACAUUAAAAAAGGUGAAUUCUGUUACUCAAAGGUAUGUCAUUUGCAACAAACUGCUGCUUUGUAGAAUGAUUUUGUGUAUAAUGUGAAAACAAUUCUUCGAUGUAUAUAAGAUCACCUACAUUUCACCAUUGCAGUAUCGUACUAAUUUACUGAUUCCAUUUGUAGAUAUGAGAAUUGAAAGAAGAAGAAAAAAAAAGAUCGACAUUACAUUUGUGUCUUUAAUGUGUUGUGCUUUUGCAGAGACGCACAACUAAAAGUUUGGAACCGCCGUGGUUCGGUGGGUUUCAGAUGCUGUCACCACAUGUGCGGCUGUUUGUAUGUUUUGUUUUGGUUCACUUUUACUUGUUCAUACUGUUUAAGUCUCUAUGCAAAUCAAGUAAAAUGGUAUUCUGUAUUCUCCUUUAUUACUGCGUUCAGUUUUACCCUUCAUUUUAAAUCAUGCCUAAAUCCUGUACAGAGGAUAAUCCUGUAGACGCAAACAAAUACAUUUCACAUGCCUGGGUUUGUGGAUUGUUUUUGUACUUUGGCCCUAAAGAGUUGAACACAACAGUUAAGAUUUUUUUUUUUCAAAUGUUAAGUUAAAGUUACUGCAGAUGACACAAAAUGUAUGGCAUGCAAAGGAAAAAAAAAUGACAACAGGUAAUAUAACUAUACUUAAAUUUACUGUACACACAGUACAACCACUAGUUCUAACUCACACAAAACAAAAAUAUAUACAUAUAUAUUUAUUAUUUGGAUACUUUUAAUUUUAUUUCUAUAUCCAAGUUAAACUUUUGGAAGGAAGAUUCUAACCCUGCACUCACCGCAAUCCAGAUAUGCCUAUCGAAACAUUUACUAGACAGUUUUCUCCCUAAACAAGUCAACAGCAGCAGAGGUUAAAGCAGAGGCUUCUUUCAUUAAAAUAUUGCAAAAUAUGUAUAACAAUAAUAUACAGUAUCUGUUAAGAUCAUAAAACUAACCCAUGAUGAACAAAUGUAACAAAAAGCAACAUGGCCUCAGCCAACACUAUCCCACUUCUGUCCAGUUCUCUCUCUCUUUGUGCAUAUCAGAAAUAAAUUUUUUCUAUGUCA